AUGAGUCGAAAGGGGAAGGAGGCAUGUAAUACGUCUUUAGAGCCAAAGUCACGGGCUGACGAUGCUUGGUGGGAUAUGCCACAGGUGUCUCUGCUCAUUGAAUUAAUGUAUGAGCAUUACAAGAAAGGACACCUUCUCUCAUCAACAUUUAGUGAGCAAAUUCGGCGUGAGAUCGGGAUUGAAUUGUCCCAACGUAAUAAAACACAAUACACAGUUGCGCAGCUUAAAGGUAAGGCUAACAGGCUUCGAAUGCUUUGGCGUAAGUUUUACGAUUUGGUGUACAAAUGGACUGGUUUUGGUUGGGACCCAACAACGUGCACCGUGACUGCCUCUGAGGAUCGUUGGGCUGAAUGGAUCGCGGUUAAUCCGAGAGAGUCUGGCUUGAAAAAGAAAGGUCUUCCUCAUUUCGAUUUAUAUACUGAGAUGUUCUCAUCUUCUAUGGCCAGCGGUAGCAAUGCCCGUUCCUCUGCCAUGCCUCCUGUCUCCAACAAUGACAAUGAUGAAGUUGAUGUAAGCUAUCCUGCAAUGGAUACUGGUAAUCCACUCUCAUCCGGGCCCGAGAAAAUUCAAACAGCAACAAGAGGCAUGCGGUGA